UUUGGCGAUGCAUGUUCUAGGGUUCUUUGUUUUUUUAUUAUAAAGUUCUUUUAAUAAAAAAACUAUUUUGAGAAUUUACUUUAAAUUUAAAAAAAAAAAUGUAGAAUGAAACCAUUUGUUGCAGCAUACUCUGCUUACCGUAGCAAAAGCGUAACCCUAAGCGGAAGAGUAGAUAGUGGUCGAGGGAGAGAAUCACAUCUCCCGGCAGAGCGUAUAAGAACGCCAUCAUCGUCACCGGCUAUCUAUCGUCAUCUAGUCAUGGAUGCUAUCAGGAAACAGUUGGAUGUGCUGAUGGGAUCAAAUCGAAACGGAGACGUCAGCGAGGUGAACCGGAAGUACUUCGACCGUGAUGUUUGCCGUCUUUUCCUCGCCGGCCUCUGUCCUCACGAUCUAUUCCAACUCACAAAAAUGGAUAUGGGCCCAUGCCCAAAGCUACAUUCUCUGGAGUUGAGGAAAGAAUAUAUGGAUGCAAAAUCAAAGGGUCUUGAUAACUAUGAUGGAGACCUGGAGGAUGUUAUUGACAGACUGAUUGUCGAAUGUGAUAGGAAAAUCGAAAGAGCCAUCAAACGGCUGGCCGAAGAGGACGCCAAGGCUGCCGUUGCGAUAUCAGUUUCUGAAGUUACUCAAACAGAAGAGAUUCUUGAAUUGUCAAAGUUGAUUAAACAAAAGUUAAAAGAAGCUGAUCAAUAUGAUCUUGAAGGCAAGACUGAUAUGAAAAUCCAUGUUCUUGAAGAGGUUGAAGAGCUCCGAAUCAAAAGAGCUGACAAACAGGCAAUACUUUUACUGGAUGCCUAUAACAAAGAUCGAGCAUCUCUACCCCAGCCAAUUCAAAACCAUCCACAUUUAGCAGCAUUGCCUGCUGCUGUUCAUAAUCCUCGCAUACAAGAAAUGAUAAAUGAGAAGCUAAAGAAAGCAGAAUAUCUUGGUGAGCAAGGGAUGGUUGAUGAGGCACAGAAGGCACUAGAAGAGGCUGAAGCUCUUAAAAAGCUGCCAGCAGCACGGCAAGAACCAGUAGGCGAUUCCUCAAAGUACACUGCUGCUGAUGUACGCAUUACUGAUCAGAAGCUGCGUGUUUGUGACAUUUGUGGAGCAUUUUUAAGUGUUUAUGACAGUGAUCGUCGUUUAGCUGACCAUUUUGGAGGAAAACUCCACUUAGGUUAUAUCCAAAUCCGAGAGAAGCUUGCUGACCUUCAGGAUGAGAAAAACAAAAAACGGAAAUCAUAUGAAGAUGAGAGAAGAUCUAGAGAACGAAGUAGCCGAGAGCGCGAAAGUGAACCAAGCAGGGAUCGAGGUGAAAGUCGUGGUGAUCGAGGGAGGGAUUAUGAUCGUAAGAGCAGAGAGCAUGACAGAAGACACUAUGAUGACCAUAGCUAUGAUAGGAGGAAGGAGCGGUCUCGCAGCUAUGAUUCUAGGAGCCGCCACAGAUCAAGGUCAAGGUCCAUAGAACGCUCAAGAAAUUACGAUCGCCACAGGCGAUAUUGAUCACAACAUGCUGAAAUUAAAGCGGCUGUUCUCUGCCAGCCACCGUUCCAUGGGGGACUUGAAAAGAUCUGUUUUAUGUAAAAACCUUUUUCGUAAUAAUAAUGAUGCUACAUGUUUUGUUGUGGGAUCUGGGAUUUUCUGUAUGUAGGGGGGUGAAUUUAAAGAGGAGUACUUGGGAUUUCAUCAUUGUUGUCUUUGUACCCGGUAAACUCGUAGCUCGUUUUAUGGAGAUUUACCAAUUGAUAGGGAACAUUACGAGCACAAGGCUUUUU